AUGGCUGUCCUGAAGAGAUUUUUCCAGGCCGAGAAAAGUUCAUCAGCAGACGCUGCGGAUUCAGAUGAAGCACGGGGCCCACCAACUCAACCUGUGAACCAACUGCAGAGGUCCCGGAGCUUAAAUACUUCACGGCAGCUCGAUGCCGACGAACAUUUUCAGAGCAUUGAAAAACAGUUCGAAGAAUUGCAUGACCAAAUGCAGGCACGACCUUUAUCUUCUCGUUCCCGUGCUCCAUCCUCUCGUGCUUCGAGUCGUUUCACGCAGCGCAAUCCACGACAUGUCGAUCUGCUAGAUGCCUUGUUCUCGUCGCAUAGAUAUCAGAUGCAGAUAGCCAAUGCAUUGUCACCCACUACUCCUUUUAAUGAAGAUAUCGCUGAGCGCAAUAUGGUUCGAUUUCUUCAGGGACAACCGCGCACGCAGAAGGUGUAUUCCCGUCUUAUCUCGGCUCUUUAUCAAGAAGAUGUGGCAGACAGAAAUAUUGCAAAGAAUCGAAUGAACAAACGCCCAAUUUCCCGAAGCGCUAGCUCUCGAUCGCAGGCUGCAUCAACAUGCGCAUCCCAAUCAAGUGGAGAGGUACCUCAGCGUGAAGUCAGCAGCCGGUUACUCCCAAGGGCCAAUGGGGGCAAAAUCACAUCAUUAAGCUCACGGCCAGGCUCGAGCUCCUCGUCUCAACUUCGUUCUUUACGAGCCCACAGGUCGGCGCCGAAUAUAAUGGCUGAAUUUACAAAUGCGUCGGAAGAACAAUCUGCACCUAAUGCUGAGAGCUACUUGGGCGUCCCUCCAGCUCACAAGCAAGGCGACAAAUGGAGCAACACGCCUCUCCCAGACAGUCCAACACUGCCUCUGCCAAUGACUCAAGGCUGGAAGAUGGGUCCAUCAAAAGGGAAGGGCUCUCUUGAAGUGACGAGAAGCUCGCCGUCAACCCACGGUAAAUCACCCAGACUCAACUCCAAGAAAAACGUCCGGGACCUUUCUAUCAACACGGAGUUAGCGGCUCGAGGAAAACCUACGUCAAGGAUCUCGCACCAUGCAAUCCAGCCACCAACUCCUAGCAACUAUGAUAUGAAACAGAAUCUUAGCAUUGCUGAAGUCAUGAACAGCCCCUUACCUGUCGGAACUCCCACGUCUAUCUCUCCUCUGCCUCCGUCAAACCAGAAGGUGGCGGAGAUUAUGGACAUGUUCAAGCAGGCUUUCAAUUCCUCUGCAGGAGCUAUUUCGCCCCAUCCCACCUUUGAAACUCUACAAGAUGCGAUAGUUCGAGAGAUUAAUUCUCACGAAGCCUUCCGACGGGUACCUGUCCCUGAGGCGGGUCCUCUCUUUACACUCUCCUCAUCCCAGGAUCCUUUUGAUAGCGACGAAAUUUCGGCAACUCAAGGGCUGACCAGGAGUUUCUCCGCAAAAGAAAGUCAAUUUUUCAAGUUGAUCAGACGCGGCUCCUUCAAAAAGCAUAGAAGAGGCUCGGAGCGCAAGAGCAUAUCAAGUAGCGUGCCUGUGAUGGUCUUCCGCCAAGGCUCCGAAUCAUCCAGUAGACGAAGGCACACAGAUGCCCCGCCUCCAUCUCCCGGGUUCCUCAACGUGAAGCAAGACGGAACACUUGCGGGCAAUGACCAACCCGAAGAACAAGUGACGUACAUGGAUAUCCUCCUUCGAGCACAGAAGUCUCCUCCCAAUAGCAGGUCGAGAAGGUCUCCAAAAGCAGUUCGUGACUCUGGACGAACCCAAUCCGCCGGCACUCUCGGUUCACACAGCGUCUCGGACAUAUCCCACACCACACCUUCGGUCUAUUACAUGCGCGCACAGACGUCUUCGUCCUCCAGUGACGGCCGGACCAGCUUCUCCGCAGACGACAGUGAUGAGGAGAUAAUCCAACUCCCCAGCAUUGGGACCCCACGAUUCCAAAUCCAGGCCGUCGACCAAAACAAUGUCGCCUACAUGAUGGAGAGUACCUCCCCGAGGAAUGCCUACCGGUUAAUGAACUGGCCACAUGGCACGCGCAGGAAUCUUUCUAUCCGAGGAGGCUCCGUCAUGAGCGCAAACAAGCCGGCUGAUCACUCCCCCAGACACGAACACCAGGUCCGAUGCGCACGUUCGGUCGAGUCUUACUGA